AUGGCUUCGCGACCGCGCCGCUCCGCCGCUGCAAAGGCCAAUGAGGUCAUUUCCAUUCACGCCAGAUUGGCUGACUCCCCAGAAAGAGGCGAACCAAGCACCAUGUCUUCCAGACGUACCUCGGGUCGCGCCUCGGGCGCCUCCCGCGACACCCACCGAAACAUGACUGUCAAAGUUUCCAACAACAAUCUGCGCCAGUCGACUCGUGGAGGGCGCGCCUUUGAGGGUGGCGAGAUUGUUGAGGGCAAGCGAAAUCGUGGAGCUAGGAAGAGCUAUGUUGUCGACUCGAGCCCCGAAGAGGAUGAUGAGGAAGAAGAGGAGGAUGAGAUUGAGGUAGAGGAGGACGAGGAUGAUGAUAUGGACGAAGAUGCCGAAGGGGAAGACGAGAUUGACAUGGACGCCGAGGGUGAAGAAGACGCUGAGGGCGAUAUCGAGAUGGACAUGGCUCCACCGCCUCCUACUAUCAAAGUCUCUAAGCCUUCUAGGUCUAAGCCGGCACCCAGGGCAUCUGCACUUAAGGUGGUGCCUGAUGACGAAGACGACGACGACGACGAUGAUGAUGACCUCAGUGAUCCUGCCGAUAGCGACAUGGGCGAUCACACUAUGGGCAUGGAUGAGACCAUGGUCGAUGACGAAGACGCUGAGGGCGAAGAAAUCGAAGUUGCUGGUGAAGAAGUCGACGAUGAUGAGGAGGAAGAGGCCGACAGCGAUGAAGAAGGCAGCCAAGACGACGAGGUGGAUAUGACCAAGCUCACCAAGCGCCAGCGAGCGCGUUUCGAGGAGGAGCCCCAGCAGUACAUGAAGCUGUCUGAUGAGGUCCAAGCGAAGAAGGUCUUUACAGCUGAAGAGCUAUCUAUGCGGCGACAAGAAAUGGCACGCCGACGCCGCAAUCUUAGUGAGAAGCGAACAGAAGAAGUCAAGAUGGAAACCAUCAACAAGCUACUCAAGAAACAGGCACCUAAAGUCAACCGCAAGGCCGCAGCUGCUGCCGGCGAACUCGUCGACGGCUUUCCGAAGCCCGAUGCUGUUUUCGUGCGGUGGGUCAGCAACAAGAACGGUGUUCGCGUGGCGGUGCCCGGUGAGAUUGCGCAAGGUCCUGCGGGAGUCGUCUUUGGUGGCCCUCGUGGGCUACCGUCGGGCAAGAUGGUGGAGGAGGUUGCUUGA